CAACGUUUGAAACUUUGAGUUGGCCAUUUACUGUAGCCAAAAACACAUUUAAUGUGGAUAUACGUCAGCAGCUGCAUAAUUCACGAAUACAGCCGAAUGCCACAUUAUGGCAUUCCAGAAGAUCGUCAACGGCACAGGCCCAGGGUCAUGAAGCCGUUCAGCUAGCCGCUAUCAACAAUUAAGAGUUUCACAAGUAGGAGGAACCGUGAACAAGUGGGCUAUAUGGUUGCUAUCCCUGUAUUCUCUUUC